AUGAGAGUUCCAGUCGGUUGGUCUGCAAUUUCCUGUCUUUGUCCUCUGGUCUUCCUCUGUGUUGUCGCACAGAGUUCUUAUGGGACCCGUGUUGAUUUGAGCCCUAACACUAACCCCAACCCAAGCCUGUUCCCUUAUCCACGGCUAAAGUCAACACCUGAACCAACCCUUUUGCCUAGCUCCAGUUCUGAAAAAAGCAUUUCUCCACUGAAUCCCCGUCCGCUCUUGAGCUCACUCAAAGAUCUCCAGAGCAAGUCACAGGUAAAGCCAAGGCUUGACACCAUGUCCUUUCUCGGUGACAACCAUAGGGCCAACACAAACGUUCCACUUGCAAUCUCCCCGGACACAUCAACGUCAAACAGUAGACCCACGCUACAGGAUGCAUCCAGAGAACAGAGUUCUAAUUCGAGGCAGGGGUUGGUAGACAAUUCAAAUUCUAAUCAAUUGGAAAGAAAUUAUUUAAACGUUCCCAAGAAAUCUUCAAAAUUCAUUCCUAAAACCAAUACAAAACGAAGGCUUGGAUUACUGUCGCAGUCAACGCCAAAAGCAUUCUCCAACUUUAAGGUAGUAACUAAGAAUUCUCAGUCAUUUCUCAACACUACUUUAUUGUCUAGUCUUAAUCAAAAGUCUGACUUGUCUGGUACAAUGAACCCGAGAACCUACUACAAUGCCAGUACAGCUUCAUUGUCCAAUCCUAAAUCGGAAUUUCGACGUUCACAAGUAUAUACAAAUGCCAAAUCCGACCCCAAGGUCUCAUUCACAAACUCAAGAGGAUCAAUCAGAGUAAAGAAGAACGAGACCAAGGUGUUGGAGAACGACAAGGAUUCCAAACAUCGGCCGAAGAAAAGCUGGAUCUGGAACCAGUUUUUUGUUCUGGAAGAACACAUCGGACCUGAACCUCAGUACGUUGGAAAGCUCCACUCCAACUCCGACAAGGCUGAUGGUUCUGUGCGCUACAUCCUGUCGGGGGAGGGGGCUGGGUCCAUCUUCAUCAUUGACGAGACAACGGGUGACAUCCACGCAGCGAGGAGCCUGGACCGGGAGAGGAAGCCUCAGUAUGUGCUCCAUGCCAGGGCCGUGGAGCGGCAGAACAACCACUCCCUGGAGGCGGAGUCAGAGUUCAUCAUCAAGGUCCAGGAUGUCAACGACAACGCCCCCACGUUCCCUGAAGGACCCUUCAAUGCAACUGUGCCUGAGAGGUCGGAAGUUGGAACGUCAGUCUUUCAGGUGAGCGCCUCAGAUGCAGACGAUCCGACCUACGGGAACAGCGCCAAGAUCGUUUACAGCGUCCUGCAGGGACAGCCCUUCUUCUCUGUGGACCCCAACACAGGAAUCAUCCGAACAGCCAUCUCCAACAUGGACCGUGAGUCCAGUGUUCAGUAUGCGGUGGUGGUCCAGGCCAAAGACAUGGCGGGCUCGGUUGGAGGACUGUCUGGAUCUACUACAGUCAACGUCAACCUCACGGACGUCAAUGACAACCCUCCAAAGUUCCUGCAGAGAAGCUACCAGCUGUAUGUUCCAGAGCUGGCUCCGGUAGGGAAGGCAGUGGGUCGGAUCAGAGCCAGCGAUCAAGAUGAGGGGCAGAACGCUGAGAUGACCUACAGAAUAACUAAUGCCGAUGCAGCGGCCAUCUUCACCAUCACCACUGACGCUGAGCGCAGGGAGGGCAUCGUUUCCCUGAAGCAGCCUUUGAACUAUGAGAAGAGAAAAGUUCACACACUCAACAUCGAAGGUUCCAACACUCAUCCAGAUGCCCGUUUCUCCCACCUGGGGCCAUUUAAGGAUUCCACCACGCUGCGAGUCAUUGUGGGUGACGUGGAUGAGCCUCCUGUCUUCUCCAUGGACUACUACAUCAUGGACACGUAUGAAAACUCAGCUGUCGGCACCCAAGUUGGCAUUGUCACCGCUGUGGACCCUGAUAGCACCAACAGUGCUAUCCGGUACUUCAUAGAAAAUGAAGAGGAAAGACCUUUGUAUUUCAAUAUCGGGGUGAACAGUGGCAUCAUCAGGACUUCUCAGGUUCUGGACCGGGAGGAGACCGCGUGGCAUAACAUCACUGUGAUGGCUGCAGAGGUUGAUAACCCCGGUAUGGUGACUCACGUCCCUGUCACCAUCCAGGUCCUGGACGUCAAUGACAACAUUCCAGCCAUCGCCGGGGGCAACAGUGCCGUCAUAGUGUGCGAGGGCACCAAAUAUGGGCAGCUGAUUCAGACCCUCCGAGCUGCAGAUCUGGACAACUUUGCAAAUGGAAAGUUUUCCUUCUACUUUCCUGCUGGGAUUCCAACCAACCCAGAUUUUACUGUGAAGGACAAUGGAGACCACACUGCCAGUAUAAUCUCUCAGCGGCGGGAGGGCUUCAGUCAGGACCGGGACCAGGAGGUCUUCAGCCUGGUGCUGGUGGUGGCUGAUGGGGGGGAGCCCCCUCUCAGCAGCACUGCCACGCUCUCCCUGAGGGUGUGUGUGUGUCAGAGGAACACCAGGGGGCGCCACAACAGCGUCUGUCAGGCCGAGGCCUUCCUGUCCUCAGCUGGUCUCAGCACCGGGGCUUUUGUGGCUAUUAUGCUUUGUAUCGUCAUAUUAAUAACCAUAGUGAUGCUAUUCACCCAGCUCCGAAAUAAGAAAGCGAGUAAAGAGCCCUUAAUUCUUUCCGAAGAGGACAUCAGAGAAAACGUGGUGACCUAUGACGACGAGGGAGGCGGAGAGGAAGACACGGAGGCCUUUGACAUUGCCGCACUUCGAAAUCCCAAAAACUCAGAGACCCGGAGGAAGUUCCACAGUUACCAUGGCUACAGACCAAGCCCGUACGAAGAGGACGAGCUGGAGGAGGACGAGCUGGAGGAGGACGAGAUGGAGUAUGACGAGGACGGGGUCAUGGUGCUGAGGAGGGGGACAGCUCAGGAGGUGGAUUAUGGGAACUACAAAGCAGGGCCAGAAACGUCCUGGUUUGUCCUUGACUGCGUUCCUCGAGAGAUCAGCCAAUCGGCACCCUCCCUUCUGCUGCAGGGUCAGGACAUCAUUCAGCAGAUCCUGGAGCAGAAGGUUGUCCAGGCAGACGCAGACACACGGGGUCCACCUUAUGACUCGCUACAGACGUACGCCUAUGAGGGCCGGGGGUCCUUGACAGGGUCCGUCAGCUCUCUGGGCCUGACCGGUGCAAUGCCCGAACUAAACUAUGCCUUCCUGGAAGAAUGGGAGUCAGAUAGGCAAAGACUGGAACAAAUGGUCGGAGAGCAGCUGGGUACAGAUCAAGCUAACACUGACUAA